GGCCCCCGGUCCUCUUGUCCCGUGUCCCCCGGUCCCCGGUCCUGUGUCCCCCGGUCCCCCGAUCCCCCGGUCCCCGGUCCCGGUGACGGGCAGCAGCCGACACGUGCGUCACGUUAUUGAUCAGAUGUGUCUUUGACACCGGAAGCUCCGUGUUCCGCCCGGUCCCCGUGACCUUCACACGCGGUCCCGGGAAUGUCCCGGUUCAGACCAGAGAACGUUCCUGUCGGUUCCGGUUCCAACAGUUCAGGUCGAUAGAUAAUACAAUAUAUAUAUAUAUCGUAGCUUUAUUGAUUCAAACAUCACAUUUCUGCUAGUUUCAAAGAAACUACGCAUAAUAAUUUGUGUCGUUUGUGAUCAAAUAUCCGAGAUGUUACCAAGAAUUAUUUGAUGUGCUUACGGAAAAUACAACAAAUUUAAUUGAAAGGACUUUACUGUAAUAAAAUGGGCUUUUACUGUUGCCCAGUGAUAUUUUAAAAAGCACCAAUAAUUCUGUAAAAAGUUAAUGAUUUCAUAAACUAAAUACAAAAAAUAUACAUUAAAUCAUUUCCUCUCACACAAAUUGUAUAUAUUAUAUAUAUAUUUUUUAAGUCCUGCAACAUUUUAUAGAAGGUAAAACUUUUAUUUUUUUAAUUAAAACCUUAAAAUUGUCUGUUUAUCUAAACGUGAUGAGUCAUAUCUGUUGGGUUCAUAAAGUUUUUACCCUCAAAACCAAACUUUGUAACUAAGUAGCACGAAUCUCACAAUGUAACGAAUGUCAUUGUUACGUCGUCAGUUUGAAGUUUUUCCGGAUGUUUGACCUGUAACAUCCCGACGACGUCAACGUGUUUCUCACAUUUUUUUUUAACUACAAAAGUCGACGUUAGUACAACGAACUUCUGUUCAGAAGGUUUUUAACAUUUCAUACGUUCACGAGAGAUUAAGGUUUAUUUUUGUAUUUUUAUUUCUGUAUGUUGCAGAAUUAAAGGGACAGUAAACAGUUUUAUUGAGACAUGACGAAUUUCCUGUGGCACAAAGUUAAAUUUAAUUAAUUAAUUUAAAUCAGCUGCAACGUUUACAGUUAAUUUUUUUUUUACUGUGAAAAACAAAAAGCGACUGAAACUAAAAGUUUUGUCUUUGAUUGGUUGUUGUGUCGAUUAAUUCGGUUUGAAGCACAAAGAGUUUACAGGACGAGCUGCAGCUUUGAAUCAUGGGAAUUGUAGUUGGUUGUUGCAGUGUCAAAGAGACGGGACCCAGCAGCCUCAGGACCUGCUGCAGAGCUGGAUGAACGGGGAUCCCACUGUUUCCGUGUUGGUACAGGACGCCAGAGGGGUUUUUCGCGGCAGAUGCGACAGAACUGCUCAGAACUCAUCGGACUUCCUGGUUGGAGACCUAGAAGACGCUAGUUUUUGUGUUUUUCUCGUGGAUGUUUAUUAACGGCGGGUUUUCGGGGGGGAACAUGUCGGAUAAGACGGCUCCUCGCUGCCAGCUGAGGCUGGAGUGGAUCCACGGGUACAGAGGUCACCAGUGUCGGAACAACCUGUACUACACCGCGGGGAAAGAGGUGGUGUACUUCGUGGCUGGAGUGGGCGUGGUCUACAACACCCGGGAGCACACCCAGAAGUUCUACCUGGGACACAACGAUGACAUCAUCAGCCUGGCGAUGCAUCCAGAUAAGGUCCAGGUGGCGACGGGUCAGGUGGGUAAGGACCCGUUCAUCUGUGUGUGGGACUCCUACGCGAUGCAGACCGUCUCCAUCCUGAGGGACGUCCACACACACGGAGUCGCCUGUCUGGCCUUCGACUCUGACGGACAGCGACUGGCGUCAGUCGGUCUGGACGCCAAGAACACGCUGUGUGUCUGGGACUGGAGGAGAGGACGAGUCCUCGCCACGGCGAGCGGCCACUCGGACAGAAUCUUCGACGUGGCCUGGGAUCCGCUCCAGUCCGGUCGGCUCGUCAGCUGUGGAGUCAAACACAUCAAGUUCUGGACUCUCUGUGGGAACGCUCUGACUCCGAAGAGAGGGAUGUUUGGGAAGACGGGCGACCUGCAGACCAUCCUGUGUGUUUCUGCAGCCAAAGACGAGCUGACGUACUCUGGAGCUCUGAACGGAGAUGUGUACGUGUGGAGAGGAAUCACUCUGACCAGGACUGUCCAGGCCGCACACGGGGCAGGGAUCUUCAGCAUGCACGCAUGUGAGGAAGGGUUCGCCACCGGAGGACGGGACGGCUGCAUCAGACUGUGGGACAUCGACUUCAAACCCAUCACCAAGAUCGAUCUGAGAGAGGCGGAGCAGGGAUACAAAGGUCUGUCAAUCCGAAGUGUUUGCUGGAAGGCUGACCGGAUCCUGGCAGGGACUCAGGACAGCGAGAUCUUUGAGGUCAUGGUCCGAGACCGCGACAAACCGGUUCUGCUGAUGCAGGGUCACAGCGAGGGCGAGCUGUGGGCUCUGGACCUGCAUCCCAAACAGCCGGUCGCCGUCACUGGGAGUGAUGACCGCUCUGUCAGGCUGUGGAGUCUUCCUGACCACACUCUGCUGGCUCGCUGCAACAUGGAGGAAUCUGUUCGGAGUGUUUCCUUCAACAAUGACGGCUCUCAGCUUGCUCUGGGCAUGAAGGACGGAUCCUUCACUGUGCUGCGUGUCAGGGACAUGACAGAGGUUGUACAUAUCAAGGACAGGAAGGAGGUGAUCCAUGAGCUCAAGUUUUCUCCAGAUGGCUCCUUCCUGGCGGUGGGAUCAAACGACGGGCUGGUUGAUAUCUACGCCGUCGCCCAGCGAUACAAGAAGGUGGGCGAGUGUUGCCGCUCCACCUCCUUCAUCACCCACCUGGACUGGUCGGUCGAUGGCCGCUUCCUGCAGACCAAUGACGGUGCUGGAGAGCGACUCUUCUACAGGAUGCCAGCAGGGAAGCUGGUUCCUAAAGAGGAGGCGAAGGGGAUUCACUGGAUGACAUGGACAGGCGUCGUUGGGGCCGAGGUGAACGGCAUCUGGCCCAAAUAUUCCAACAUCACCAACGUGAAUUCUGUGGACGCCAACUACAGCAGUGCCGUGCUGGUAACCGGAGAUGACCUCGGCCUUGUCAAACUCUUCAGGUUCCCCUGCCUGAAGAAAGGAGCCAAAUUUAAGAAGUACAUCGGUCACUCUGCCCACGUAACCAACGUUCGCUGGUCGAAUGACCUGCAGUGGGUCGUCAGCACCGGUGGUGCCGACCAUGCAGUCUUCCAGUGGCGGUUCCUACCUGAAGGUGUCAUGAACGGCGUAUUGGAGCCCCUCCUCCAAGAGGGCUACGCCGACUCCAACAGUGGGGAGUCGGACUCGGAUGUUUCGGACGUUCCGGAGCUUGACUCGGACAUCGAACAGGAAGCUCAGACAAGCUACGAACGACAGGUGUAUAAGGAGGACCUGCCUCAGCUGAGGAAGAAGCUGAUUGGGUCUCUGAAGCGGCAGAAAGCUCCAGAGGAGGGGCUUCGUCUGCAGUUUGUUCACGGGUAUCGUGGGUUUGACUGUCGUAACAACCUGUUCUACAGUCAGGCGGGGGAGGUGGUCUACCACGUGGCCGCCGUCGCCAUCGUUUACAACCGGUUGCAGCACAGUCAGAGGUUUUACCUCGGCCACGAUGACGACAUCCUCAGCCUCACCGUCCACCCGCUCAAAGACUUCGUGGCCUCCGCACAGGUGGGCAGAGACCCAGCCGUCCACGUCUGGGACAUCCAGACCCUGAAGUGUCUGUCACUGCUGAAGGGACACCACAGCCGAGGAGUGUGUGCCCUGGAGUUCACAGUGGAUGGGAAGAAUUUGGUUUCGGUUGGAAUCGAUGAUUUUCACUCCAUUGUUAUUUGGGACUGGAAGAAAGGAGAGAGACUGGCCAAGGCCAGGGGUCACAAGGAGAAGAUCUUGGUGGUGAGGAGUAAUCCCUUCAGGACGGACAAACUUCUGACCGUGGGGAUGAAACACAUCAAGUUCUGGCAACAUUCAGGGGGCGGUCUCACGUUUAAACGAGGUAUAUUCGGGAACCUGGGUAAACAGGAGACGAUGAUGUCGGCGUGUUACGGUCGAUCUGAGGACCUGGUUUUCUCCGGAGCCACAAACGGAGAUGUUUACAUCUGGAGAGAAACAACGCUCAUCAAGACCAUCAAAGCCCACGACGGCCCCGUGUUCGCCAUGUGCUCCCUGGACAAGGGUUUUGUGACGGGGGGGAAGGACGGCAUCGUGGAGCUCUGGGACGACAUGUUUGAGAGAUGUUUGAAGACGUACGCCAUCAAGAGAGCCGCCCUGUCUCCGUCAUCUAAAGGUCUGCUGCUGGAGGACAACCCGUCCAUCCGAGCCAUCACUCUGGGACACGGUCACAUCCUGCUGGGAACAAAAAACGGAGAAAUCCUGGAAAUCGACAAGAGUGGACCCAUGAGCCUGCUGGUUCAGGGUCACAUGGAGGGGGAGGUUUGGGGAUUGGCAGCUCACCCUCUACUUCCUGUCUGCGCCACCGUCAGCGACGACAAAACUCUGAGGAUCUGGGAGCUGUCAGCCAAUCAUCGCAUGGUCGCCGUCCGCAAACUCAAGAAAGGUGAGACACACGACCAACAGCAUGUUACUGGCUUUGUGAGAUGCUCACCACUCUCACCUGUAUGUUACCUGUCAGGUGGGCGGUGCUGUGCCUUCUCUCCUGACGGCAAAGCUCUGGCCGUCGGUCUGAACGACGGCAGCUUCCUGGUAGUGAAUGCCGACACUCUGGAGGACAUGGUGACCUUCCACCACCGCAGAGAGCUCAUCUCCGACAUCCGCUUCUCCCAAGAUGCUGGGAAGUACCUGGCCGUGGCGUCCCAUGAUUCCUUUGUGGACAUUUAUAAUGUCUUGACCAGUAAGAGAGUUGGCAUCUGUAAAGGAGUCGGCAGCUACAUCACUCACAUCGACUGGGACUCCAGAGGUAAACUACUGCAGGUGAACACCGGAGCUAAAGAGCAGCUGUUCUUCGAGGCUCCGCGAGGACGCAAACAGAACAUCAGUGUGGCUGAGUUUGAGAAGCUGGACUGGGCGAGCUGGACUUCAGUUCUGGGUCCGACCUGUGAGGGAAUAUGGCCGACGCUCAGCUUCGUCAAUGCUGCCUCGCUCAGCAGAGAUCGCAAACUGCUCGCCACUGGUGACGACUUCGGCUUCCUCAAACUGUUCAGCUUCCCGUCAAGGGGCCAGUUUGCAAAGUUUAAGAAGUAUGUGGGUCACAGCACCAAUGUGACGAACGUCCAAUGGUCCAAUGACGACUCCAUGCUGCUGUCAGUGGGCGGGGCCGACACAGCACUGAUGAUCUGGACCAGAGAGCCGCCGGGACAUAAAGAGAGUAAAGCCGUGGACAGCGAGGAGUCGGACGACGACACUGAGGAGGACGGAGGUUACGACAGUGAUGUGGCCCGGGAGAAGGUGGUGGACUACGUUACCAAGAUCUACUCUGCCAGCAUCAGGAACAUGUCUGGAACCAAACCUCACCUGCAGCAUAAGGAGCUUCCUGUGGACGAGAGGCCUCCGGUGAGUCGAGCUCCACCGCUGCCGGACAAACUGCUGAAGAACAACGUGACCAAGAAGAAGAAAUUGGUGGAGGAGCUGGUCUUGGAGCACGUCUUCGGGUACAGAGGCUCCGACUGUCGCAACAACCUGCAUUACCUCAACGACGGCAAUGACAUCAUCUUCCACACGGCCGCCACCGUGGUGAUCCAGAACCUGUCCGCCGGAACUCAGAGUUUCUACCUGGAACACACCGACGACAUCCUCUGUCUCACCGUCAAUCAACAUCCAAAAUACCAAAACAUCAUCGCUACGGGACAGAUCGGUGACAUCACUGACCUGCCAGAGGCUGAAGUGGCUGGCCUCGCCCCAUCAAUCCACGUGUGGGAUGCCGUGACAAAGCAGACGCUCUCCAUCCUCCGCUGCUCGCAUGCAAAAGGUGUCGGCUAUGUAAACUUCAGCGCUACAGGAAAGCUGCUGCUGUCUGUCGGAGUGGAACCUGAACACACCAUCACUGUGUGGCGGUGGCAGGAAGGCACCAAGGUGACGAGUAAAGGAGGCCACGCUGAGCGAAUCUUCGUCGUGGAGUUCAGACCAGACUCUGACACCCAGUUUGUGUCAGUAGGGAUCAAACACAUUAAGUUCUGGACUCUGGUGGGAGGAUCACUCAUGUACAAGAAAGGAGUGAUCGGCUCAGUGGAGGACGGCCGGAUGCAGACCAUGCUGUCUGUGGCCUUUGGUGCCAACAACCUGACGUUCACUGGUGCAAUAAAUGGAGACGUGUUCGUGUGGAGGGAGCACUUCCUGGUGCGGGUGGUGGCAAAGGCCCACAGCGGUCCGGUCUUCACCAUGUACACCACCCUGAGGGAUGGACUCAUCGUCACAGGGGGAAAGGAACGGCCGACUAAAGAGGGCGGCGCCGUGAAGCUCUGGGACCAGGAGAUGAAGCGCUGCCGAGCAUUUCAACUGGAGACCGGUCAACUGGUGGAGAACGUCCGCUCCGUCUGCAGAGGGAAGGGGAAAAUCCUGGUGGGAACUAAAGAUGGUGAGAUCAUAGAAGUUGGAGAAAAGAAUGCUGCGUCCAACACCAUGAUCAAUGGACACACUCAGGGUGGAAUCUGGGGUUUGUCAACUCACCCUUUCAAAGACGUCUUCAUCUCCGCCAGUGACGAUGGGACCAUCCGAAUAUGGGACCUGGCUGAUAAGAAACUCCUGAACAAGGUGAGUUUGGGUCACCCUGCCAAGUGCACCUCCUACAGCCCCAACGGAGAGAUGGUCUGUAUCGGCAUGGAGAACGGCGAGUUCAUCGUCCUGCUGGUGAACUCCCUCACCGUCUGGGGCAAGAAGAGAGACCGCAGUGUCGCCAUCGAGGACAUAAGGUUCAGUCCAGACAACCGGUUCUUGGCGGUGGGUUCAGUGGAAAGUGCUGUGGAUUUUUACGACCUUUCUCUUGGACCGUCCCUGAACCGGAUUGGUUACUGUAAGGACAUCCCAGGCUUCGUCAUCCAGAUUGACUUCUCUGCCGACAGUAAACACAUCCAGGUGUCCACCAGCACCUACACCCGGCAGGUGCAUGAGGUUCCCUCUGGGAAGAUCGUGACGGAGCAGCCCGUCGUAGAGAGGAUCACCUGGGCAACCUGGACCAGCUUCCUGGGCGACGAGGUUCUCGGAGUUUGGCCUCGGAACGCAGAGAAGGCGGACGUCAACUGUGCUUGUGUUUCCCACGCCGGCGUCAACCUGGUGACGGGAGACGACUUCGGCCUCAUCAAGCUCUUCGACUUCCCCUGCUCCGAAAAGUUUGCGAAACACAAGCGAUACUUCGGCCACUCUGCUCAUGUGACCAACAUCCGCUUCUCCUGCGACGAUAAAUACGUGAUCAGCGCCGGCGGCAGCGACUGCAGUCUAUUUGUGUGGAAGUGUCAGUGAGUCCUCCACCUGAGUCCUCCACCCAGACCCUCCACCGGAGUCCUCCACCUGAGUCCUCCACCCAGACCCUCCACCUAAGUCCCCCACCUGAGUCCUCCACCCA